ACUGUUAACGUUAUCAUUUCACGCGGUACAAUUGUUGGAGUCAAAGUUCGCACGUCACGUGAAAAAGACGACAUUGAACGGACUAAGAGGCGUUUCUGGUACAAGCGUAACAUUACGGAUCAAUACUGAGGUGUUAACACUAUUGGUGUACACAAGCCAUCUCAAACCGAGACCCAUGAGCCUGAUACGGGGGCCUGAGAAACUGUAAAGUGUCCCCGCAUGCGCAACAACAACAAAUAAUAACCUGCCGACGAGAACAUAAUUGUUAUUUCCAAGGACAAAUAAAGCAACCAAGAUAACAUGAUCAGAGGAUGCUCACAUACAAGAACAUUUACGACGUGCCAUAAUACUAUCUUCUCCUCGGUUGUCCACAAACUAACUCUCUACUGAAUGGUUCAUUUAGUCUCCUGAGGAUGGCUGCCGACACCAACAUCUUCACCGAUAAGCAGACCAAUAACUGGUUCAAAGCGUGCAUUGCCCUCAAUUUGACAAAGGAUGGAUUGACUGACUUUGUUGUGACGGAAUUGUUAAACGUCCAAACAAUAGUUGGUAGAAGUUGUGGACAAUGCUUUAUUCAAAACCUUAUACCGUGUCCAACUCAGGACGUGUGUAAAAAGAGGAAAAGAAAUAAUUGUUCUUUCCACAUUUCACAACAACCAAAGUCAUGCCAAACAUGUGAUAAAGUGAAACAAAAUAUCACAUUGUUACACAGAUUUAAUGGGCCUAGUUGGGCAAACACUAAAGCUGAAAGAUGGGCAAUGGAUCCGUGGGAAAUCGGAAAAUGCUACCUCCCAAGGGAUGGAUAUAGCAGUGUAUCCUCUGUGCAAGAAUCUGACUUCAAUGGUGUGGUAAGCAUCAUGUUGAACUGCACGCAUUUCCAGACAUGUCUCUCCGCCGCAUGCCUGUGUCCACCUCCACCUGAUAAGCGAUGCCCGCUUGAGAAGGUCCGUCAAAUAGGCCGAGAUGUACGCCACACUGCGGACUGCAAGGUUACAGAUGCUGAUCUGCAGUACUUCUUUCUGACACUGACCACCCUACUUGCUGAUCCAGUCCGCUUAUUGCAUGAUUCCUCAGCAACAGAAGCGCGCAGGAAAAUCAGUGAUGUAAAAUAAAUAAAAUGUAAAAUGAAGGCUUACCGGGGUACAUGAUUCUUCUUUAGAUAUUUUGCAGAAUUUUGAUUCAUUAUGAAUCAGUUCAGAUGUGUUUGGCGGAUCACCUUUUGAUGUCCAUCCUUGAAAGCACCAUGGCUCCUUGGCUAGUCAGUACAGAAA